UGCUCAACAUCGUCAUCCAAAAUGGGACCGCUGACUCUUCAAAGUGCACCGGAUCGGGCCUGUAGAUACACCAGAUCCAGCCUAUAGGCGCACUGAAUAUGGUGAUUGCCCCUAUCCAGGAUUGCGCAAUCCCUUUCACAUCAGUCGUUCUCUUCGCUGUCUCCUACAGGCUGUCCAGUGCUGGUGCUCCCGGAUCCGGCCUAUGGAAUACCUUGUUAUUUCACGUAGCGAUUUUCCUGCUUGCACAUCCCCUUUUUAUACACACUCUACAGGCAAAUACACCAGCUGGAAUUGGCUAUAUUUCUCAAUGCUCAAGACCCCGGUGUUUGUCACACUCAGGGGAGUACAGCUGCGGGUUGAGUUGGAUAUAAAAGCAGGGAACUCUGGAGGGAGGGGACAUAUUCGCUAGCCAGACGCCAGACUCACAAAGUCCCCUGUAUUUUGCUCUCUUUCAGAUAUU